AUGGGAUCCUCCGGAAGUGCAAGCUCGUCUCGAAGGAGCUCAGGGUCAGGCUCUCAUUAUGGGCACACGUAUGUGGAAACGGAUGGGCGUUUUGGGACCAAAGUUGAGCACCACAAAGACGGUCGUGGCAACUACUCGACGCAGUCAGCCAACAAGCCCAACGACGGGAAGGUCCGGGAGAAGAUGGGCGACCGCACGAUUCGCGAGAAAGAGGGUUCAUGGACUUCUCGAGGAAAUGUUGCGAGGUCUUACACUAGGGACAGUGGAUCGUACAACGUGGUCACCGACAAUUGUCAGCAUGCGUCAAACAGG